AUGUCGUCUACAAAAAAGACAACUCCCGCUGGAAUCGUUACCACCGAAACUAACGAACGCGUUAUUCCUGCUAGCCGACGCGCAGACGGUAGUCUUCGUAAGGAGCGCCGUGUCCGCCCGGGUUUCGUUCCCCAAGAAGAUAUAAUACGGUACAAAAAUAAAUUCGUAGCAGAACGUGAACCCGUUCCUACACCAACUGCCGAACCACCUAAAACUAAGGCGCAAAAGAAGAAUGCGAAACGAAAUGCAAAGAAGAAAGAAAACUCAACAGUGAUAACUAUAGAACAAUUGGAAGCGACCGCGAAAAAAAUAAAAGCACUUGAAAAGAAGAUAAGACAAAUUGAACGAAUUAAAGAAAAAGAAGCACGUGGUGAA